AUGUCUCCUACUAACGCAAACGAGAGUUCCCAGGCCAAGAGCCCCGCACCUGCUGCUACUCAAACAUUUUCCGACGAGCCUGCCCUCAACACCGAUUCCAAGUACGCUCAAGACAGGAAGGAGUACAAGCAAGCCGUGAAGGGGUGCAUUCAAGCCAUGGAGGGCCGGGAGACCAAAUUUAAAACUCGGUCUACCCAGAAGAUCGAACGGAUGAAUGCCAUCCACGAAGAAUUUCAUACGAAGCUGAUGAGCCCUACUGCCGUUUCAAAGAUUCCUACGGGAAAGCUUGCCCUCCAGGAUUUCCACGAACAGGUUUUGCUGCUGUUGGAAGAGCUGAUCGAGAUCCAAGCCGAGCUCGCGGAUGAUCUGGAAAGAGAAAGUACCCAGAGCCUCUCCGGAUUUGCAAAGUAG